GGGAAACUCCACCAGAGUCUCCCGCCGCCCCAGCCGCAGAAACUCAACGCAUUUCCCUUUCCCCUCCCCUUCCAUUUUUUUUAUUUUUGUAACUUUUUGAAAAAAAAUAAAAAUAAACAACCCCUCCACCCCCCGCACCACCACCCCCAUCGCGAACUCACAACUUCUACACGCCGGUUGCCAGGGAGCUUUCCGGAGGGGGGGCCGACACUUUACGUUAGUCGGCGGCGGCGGAGUGUUCACCCACGGCGGCGGUCGGAACUUGAAAUAUGACGGGGAGCAAAACAGGAGGAAAGUCGUCGCUCGCCUAACCGGCUCGAAGUUGGAGGUUUUUCUCUCCCCCGUGGGAAGAGGAAGAGGUGGCGGCGGACACCACGAGUUCACUCGCACGACGCAAGAGAAGGAGUGAGCCCAGCCUUACAACAUAUCUCCUCCCUGUCCUUGGGCUAAGAUGAGUAUUACCAGCGACGAAGUGAACUUCUUGGUCUACAGAUACCUCCAAGAAUCAGGUUUCUCCCACUCAGCAUUCACCUUUGGCAUUGAGAGCCACAUUAGCCAGUCAAACAUCAAUGGAACACUAGUGCCCCCUGCAGCUCUCAUCUCCAUCCUGCAGAAAGGGCUUCAGUAUGUAGAGGCAGAGAUCAGCAUUAAUGAGGAUGGCACAGUCUUCGAUGGUCGACCGAUCGAGUCGCUGUCGCUCAUCGACGCUGUGAUGCCAGAUGUGGUGCAGACACGACAGCAGGCAUUCCGCGACAAGUUGGCCCAGCAACAGGUGGCUGGUGUCAUGACUGCUUCGACCUCUGGAAUCCAGUGUAAUGCACCAAAGAAUGGAGAAGCCACCUUCAAUGGGGAGGAGAAUGGCACUCACAUCAUGAAUAACCACAGCGAGCCCAUGGAGAUGGAUAUGGAUGUUGCGAUACCAGCCAGUAAAGCCACAGUGCUCCGAGGCCACGAGUCCGAAGUGUUCAUCUGCGCUUGGAACCCUGUCAGCGAUCUGCUGGCCUCAGGCUCGGGAGACUCCACCGCCAGGAUCUGGAACCUGGACGAGAAUAAUAACUCCAACUCUACCCAGCUGGUGCUGCGCCACUGUAUCCGAGAAGGUGGCCAGGAUGUCCCCAGCAACAAAGACGUCACCUCACUAGACUGGAAUAGCGACGGGACUCUCCUGGCAACUGGCUCGUACGAUGGAUUUGCAAGGAUUUGGACAAAGGAUGGAAAUCUGGCAAGCACCUUGGGACAGCACAAAGGGCCCAUAUUUGCACUCAAGUGGAACAAGAAGGGGAACUCUAUUCUCAGUGCUGGCGUAGAUAAGACGACAAUCAUUUGGGAUGCACACACAGGAGAAGCCAAGCAGCAGUUCCCCUUUCACUCAGCCCCAGCUCUGGAUGUCGACUGGCAGAACAACAGCACCUUUGCCUCCUGCAGCACAGACAUGUGCAUCCACGUCUGUCGACUUGGCAGCGACCGGCCCCUCAAAACCUUCCAGGGCCACACGAAUGAAGUUAAUGCCAUUAAGUGGGAUCCGUCAGGGAUGCUGCUCGCCUCCUGCUCAGAUGACAUGACGCUCAAGAUCUGGAGUAUGAAGCAGGAUUCCUGUGUUCACGACCUCCAGGCUCACAGUAAAGAGAUCUACACCAUCAAGUGGAGUCCCACAGGCCCUGGCACAAACAACCCCAACUCUAACAUCAUGCUCGCCAGUGCCUCCUUUGACUCGACAGUGCGACUGUGGGAUGUCGAGCGAGGCGUUUGUAUUCACACACUGACCAAGCACCAGGAGCCCGUCUACAGCGUGGCCUUCAGCCCAGACGGCAAUCACCUGGCCAGCGGCUCCUUCGAUAAGUGUGUUCACAUUUGGAACACCACGACUGGAGCCUUGGUGCACAGCUACAGGGGCACUGGCGGUAUUUUCGAGGUUUGCUGGAACAGCACCGGGGACAAAGUUGGAGCCAGUGCAUCAGACGGCUCGGUAUGUGUUCUCGAUCUCCGAAAAUAGCCGACCUGAGACUUUGAUGAAUUCUGGAACGUGCAGCAGAUUGCCUUCUUCUGACAUCAGCAAAAACUCUCAUUGCUCAAGAGGAGCCGUUAAGGUUGACUGAAACAAAACCUUCACGGGAGGAAAACCACAUGACCGCACCAGCUUCUGAGGAGCCAAAACCAACUGAAUUCCAUGCACCUUUAUUGUCUGUUGCAGUGUGUUUUACAACAUGCCUGUUUUGAGACAACGGCAGCGGGUUAAAGAGAUCCCCAAGACUGGUCUGAAUCCAAAUCCCUGGGGGCAUCCGCAUUUUUAAAAGGUUUCUAAUGAGGAAGUGCUGUGAUCGCUCCGGGCCACUGGUCCAGCUGUUAGCGGGUUGUAAGGGUUGGAGACGCAAAGAUGAGUUCUACAUGAAGAGAGGUGUUAAUCACACACGUGUUUGGCUCCGAAAGGCAGCAAAUUAAAGAAAGUUUGUGGUUUUUAAAAUUCCUUUUUUCGAAUGUUACUUCAUGUCCAAAUGAAAACUGGAGACAUGAUAGAAGUGACAUCGAUACUGAAGCACUGCUAUUGUCUUGCCGACAGGGUGCUGAGCUUCUCCUCAGCGGAGAAUAGUUUGUUUCUUGCAUUUUCUUUGUCUAUUUUCCACAGAAGGACGUUUGAAAGUCAAAGUUGAAUGUGCCGCUACAAGGUAGUUCUCAACUCAUGUUUAACAUCAGGUCAACAACAACAGGAAGAACCUGCCAAGAAAUAAUCUCCGAACAUGACCUGCUCAAUUUGCUUGAGAUUAGAUCAGUUGUGUUUAAGAUGUGAAAAGUGUGGUUUACAAAGUCAAAGUGUUCUCCCUUUUGGAUGUAAAUUUAAAGAAUGUAAAGAUAUGUAAAUUAGAUUAAUACACAGACUUAUAUACUGUGUAUAUAUGUAUAUAUACAGUACUCUUUAUUGACAUCCUGUAGCGGCGCAUUAAUGCUACAGUCGACACUUCUUUUACUGCUAAUGCGCAGCAAGAAGACCUUUUUUAAAUGAAGUGCAUGUCUCAUCAUCAGCUUCUUUUAAUACAGUCUUUCUCGACUCGACCAAUCCUAUCCAGUGCUUUUGUUUCGGGGUUUUCACAGUGAAGGCAGGUGACUACUGUCUCUGUUAAGCCACUGUAGAAAAUGGCCUCUUAUUUACCUGCACGCAGUCAACUAUCCGGUCAACAGUGCAGGAGCGAGCGGUGGUUUGAAGCAUUGAGAUAUUGUUUAAUAUAGAGCUGGACAUGAGAGAAUCAACAACUAGACCCUACCUAUGAGACCCUCCAUGGCUCUUAGCAUUACCACUGGGACCAGAAGGUGGAGAUCACGUGUAAAAUCCCACUGUUUGUAAAAGAAGAAGAAAAAGAUGCUAUGAUUGGUCUUAUUCAAUCCCACUGAGCUUCUCACACGCGCAGUAAGUCGAGCUCCCUCUGCACAUGUCAAACACACCGUCACUCGGAUUUCCCUUUGUUUUUGUCCCUUUUCUACCUUUCAGUCUAUUUCAGCCAAAACAACAUGAAGUGUUGGCACUUUUUGUAUUGGCUGGUUCAGCAAAUGUCCAGAUUUUGUCCUUUUUUUUUUCUACAGUCACAAUCGGAUGUUUGAUGGGUGGUUCGUUGUUUGUCGUUUGCUGAGAGCCAUUAUUGUCUGUGUCAGACUGAGAAUCGGGCUGUGGGUUGGUGGCCUUUUCUGGCAUGCUAAGGAGCCCGGAGUUAUGGAAUAAGUGCUGUGACAGCUACUGUUUCUCUCGACGCCCUGGUCCGGGGUGCACUCACCUGUUUUUCGAGGACAACACUUUGAAGUCAUUCUGUGUCUCAAAUAAAUCACUCUAUUUUGAUAUCAGAAA